AGGCUCGAAAGAGAAACAAAAUCAAAGGGGUCUUUACCAUUACUUCAUACUCCUCCUCGCGGAAUAAUAACGUCGUUUUACCGUUUAAAAAGACAAUCAAGUCUUUAGGCUUCCAUUUAGAGCGAUCUAACUCGCCUUCCAUAUGAACGUGGGUGAUUGAUUCCAAGUGACGUUUUAUUCAGCAAACUGAGGAAGAAGGCACUUACGUCUUCCUGUGUACAAAUUUCCCGCUUUACUCGCCGUCAUUACGACCCAUCAACUUUCAAAACAACGUUAUAGCUUGGAGUUUCUUUAAGGUAAUUGAUUUUGACUGACAAUGGCGACCACCAACAUGCAAAUAAGACAUUUGCCGUAUGGCACUCUUCACAAACUGGCCCAACUGCUUGACAUACCUGGACAAAGAAACUGGAAAGCACUUAUCAGUGCUAUGCCAAGUAAUUUAUAUAAACCUGAAGAGGUGUCAGCAUUUGAGAUGGAAGGAAUGAGAUUUAGUGGCAGCCCAUCAAUGAGUUUGCUGACUGACUUGGGACGGAAAUGCAAAACUGUCAAAACACUUAUAGUCUGGUUGAAAAAAAUUGAAAAUGCCCAAGCCCUGGACAUCUUGGAAUAUGAAGAAGAGGUGAGGAUCCUUGAACAUCCGUCAUCAAAGCCAGUUCGCACUGGUGCAAGUGUGACAUUCAGAUGCAAAGCUACAGGUUACCCAGCCCCAGAGUAUUUAUGGGUGAAGGACAGUGUUGAGGUUCCUGAUGGAAUAAAUGAAGAACUAACAUUAGAUUGUGCUAGACUGGAAGAUAGUGGAAAUUAUGUGUGCAUUGUGUCCAAUCGAUUGAACGUGCAGAGAAGUCAUGAAGUAGAGUUACAAGUUCUUCCAUCACCUGUGAAUGGUUAUACUGGACAAGAACAAACUCCAGAAGCCAAACAUCCUCCUGAAAUCACACGUCAACCACAAUCCUGCAUCUUACCUGAUGGUGUGGAAUUCAGGCUGGUCGUUGAGGUGAAGGAAGGACCAGUGAAAUACCAGUGGUUUAAAGAUGGCUUUAUACUUGUGGGGCAGACAAGAACAGAAUUACUUUUUCAGCCAUUUUAUUAUCGACAUGAAGGCAGCUAUUGCUGUAGGGUGGAAAACAGUGCUGGUGAUGCCCUCAGUAACACAGCAUUGUUACAAGCAGGAAGGCCUGACGAUCUUCACCUAGCUCAAAGUGUGAUUCCCAGAUCUGCUGAGCUCACACAGAAAGCUGCCGACAAAAUAGCCUUGGUCAUUGGAAACCGUGACUAUGUGCGCUUACCUCUCAAUGAAAGCCCACUGGUUCAUACUUGCAAUGAUGCAAAGAUGCUUGCCUCAAUUUUACGCACUCGUGAAAUGGGUUUCAAGGUCAUCUCCCUCAUGAACCUGACACUAGAUGAGAUGAAUCAAGCACUCAAUAUUUUUUACAGUCUUCUUGGAAGCGGGGUGUAUGGAUUGGUUUAUUUCGCUGGUCAUGGGUUUGAAGAAGGAGGGCAAAACUACCUGGUCCCUGUUGAUUCAGUGGGGGAUUGGGUACCAGAGGAAGCUGUUUGUGCCCAAAGAAUUUUAGAUGAAAUGAACAGAUACCACACAGAGUUGAUAGUGUUUCUUUUGGACAUCUGCCGCAAGAGGGCAAAUGCUGAGAAAAAUUUUGUCAUGAAGAGUUAUGAAUUUCCAUACAAUGCCCAAGCAGUAAUGGGGUUUGCUACAUGUCCUCAAUCUGAGGCUUAUGAGAGAAGACAAGACCCCAAUGGCAUGUACAUGAAACACCUGCUAAAGUAUGUCAUGAAUGACGCCAAAGUCGAGGAUGUCUUACAUCAAGUGGCAGGAGAUGUCAGUGCAGAGGUAGAGACAAAUGAGUUGGUUGAGAGACAGCGUCCACAGUUUCACUCUACCACCACCAGACAAUACAGCUUGCGUGACCCAAUUCAAAGAGACAAAUUAUACUCUGAAAGAGAAAAGUCCUGGCUUGAAAUACACCAUCUCCCUCAGAAGCGAGAGAUAGAAUGUGAAGCUGGGAUUAAGAUAGAAAUUCGCUUUGAACACCAGAACUGGCUGUCAAAUGCAAUCGUUUUGUGCCUAAGAGUUAUUGACCUAGGAGAGGCAAAAUUCUGUGAUGUAGGCUUGAUGUUGGAAUGUCUUCCACAGGAUUGCCAGAGUCUUUACUUCCAUCCAACUUCAACCAACAGAAUGAGGCAGGUUGUUCAGCCUCCUGACACAGUUGCUCGCAGCCUGCCUCAACAGCGCAAUGGACCCUCUUCAAGUCUUGCUGUGGAAAAGAUUAGUGAGAUCUACAACAUUCAGAGACUCAAGGAACCACUUGCUUUGACAUUGAUUAUUAAGUACAUCCUGAAGGGAUCUGGUGAAGAACGAACAAAGCACAGGGUUGAGGUGUUCAAUUUCAAAGAAUUUGGAAUUGCUGCGGCAUUUUACAAGGCUAAUUAUCAAAAGGAGUGAAGUGUCAGUUGUUAAAUAAUCCUGCUUCUUACUGAAUUUUUACAGUGUGGACACUGCUUUUAAGUGUAGAUAAUAUCAAAUAUUGAAAGUAUUUGAGCAAUACUAAAUACUAGUCUGAUCAAAUUUCUUGGAACUACUGAAAUAACAAAUUAUUUCCACAUUCCCCUGUCUUAAAAAUUGUCCCUGAUUAAACACCGAUAAUGGGAGAAAAAUUUAAACAAUGGCUGGACAGCAUAUUAUGUUAGAGUAUUCUUGAGAAAAAAAUUUACAAAUUGGCAUUUAACACCAUACACUGUACUUAGAAAUUUUCAUCCAAAUAUCAAUGCAUUCAAACUUUACACAUUUCAUUUCAUAUUUCAUAAAAUCUCCCAUAUCUAGAAAUUUUUAUCAAAAGAGCAAUGCAUUUGAACUUUACACAUUUCACAAUUAAGGGAUAGGUAAUAUCGGUGAUUUACUCUACAUGAUUUGGAAUAGCCCUUGAGAAAACCAGGUAUUAAAAUGCUAAACAUUCAAGUAAGUAAAAAUAGUAUGAUGAAGAAUUCUA